AUUCUAAACUAAUUCUAAGCUACGCUCCAAUGUUUUACCCGAUGCCUCGGACCUUGAUCACGAACCUACUUUGCAUACAACUUUCUUGGAGUAUUCCCCGAAUAAAAUAAUACAGAUAUCUCGAAGCAUUUUCCGACAAAAUGAGUACAAUUGAGUCAAAUAAGAUAAAACAAAAAAUUAUUCAACACACAUUUCAAACAUUCCAUCAAUCUACAAUCCCUAAAUUUGCCUACCCAACCUAUCGUUUGCCUACUAAUUUUAAUCCAUCGUGAUACUAUUAUAUUUAACAAUAUGAUACUCAUUCCGAAUUAAAUAAUCAUCAAUGAAUCAAAACAAAAUCAAUAUUAGCUUCUUUCAAUUGUUUAAUUCCCAGCCCCAAUUUAUCUUCAAAUUACCAAUUUCAAAUAUCAAAUGGUAUAUCAUUUCAUCACGUUAUACAUAAUCAACCGAAUCAACAAUGAAUCAAAAAUCAAGCAAUUAUUCACCACCAAUAAAGAUCAAACAAUCAACAAAAAUAUUCAAUCCAUAACACAGGAUAUAUCAUAAACAAGAAAAUAAAAGAGCAGAGAUUAAAAAUUGAUCUCGAUUAGAAACUUUCGAAGAAUACUGCUUGAUAAAAUAAAGAAAUUCGCUUUCGAUAAUUUCAACUCAAGCCUCAACAACCACAAAGAUCCAACUCGAUAUCGAGAAAUAAAGACCCGGACAGAUAUGAACCCCGCAGAAGAAGAAAUAGCAAAACAAGCCGAGACUGAAAUUGAAAAAUCGAGAAAAUUCAUAUCCGAGAUCCCACCGGAUUUAACCAAAUCUCGCCGGAACAAAAAAGGUGGCUGUUCGACAUGGAUUUGGUCGGAACAAAGUUGGUAUGGCUGUUUUCCGGCGGUUUUCGCCGCAACAGUGACCAAUAGUGAUCGCCGGAGCUUCCUAGUGACGAUUUCGAUGGGUUUCCGGCGAGAAACUCUCUGGAAAUGGUCAAAUCAACGCCUGUUUCUCUCUCUCUCUCUCUCCCGAUCUAUGCGGUUACAGAAGAGAGACAGUAUUCCUGUCUUGAUGUAAUUAGUAAAGUAAAACUAUUAUCAUGUGAUUAGAAAAUUACAGUUUUAAGUUGCGAAAAUAAUCUCAUAUGAAAAUACAGAAUAAAACUGUAUACAAUAGACUUUUAUAAUUGAAUUUUUCUUUGAAUCUUGCGCAUAUCAAAAGAUUGGUGUAUCAAACUAUCUGUUGUCGUUUAUUAAUAUCUUUUUUCCCAUGAUUUUUUAGGGUUACAGAAGAGAGUCAGUAUCGCUAUCUUAAUGUAAUUCGUAAAAGUAUUAUCAUGUGAUUGAAAAAUUAUAGUUUCAAGUCAUGAAAUUAAUUUCAUGGGGGAAUACAGGAUAAACCUAUAUAUAUAGACCUUUAUAAUCCAAUCUUUCGACAAAUCUUUUGCAUAACAUAAGAUUGGUGUAUCAAACUGUCCUUUGUCUUUUA